AACCCACAAACCCGUUCACAACAGGCCCAGAGUUACGUGAAUUUUGUGAACUGUACUCAGAGAAAAGUCGAUGUGUGCUGGUACAACUACCAGGGUAAAUGCAGGAAAGUUAAGACACUAAAACCCGGAGAACAGUUACAUGUAAGCACCCGCGUAAAGCACCCCUGGGUCUUCCGUGACUCAGAGACGAGAGCUGCCUUUGUGAUUGACUCAGAGGAGGUGUUCUUCCCCAAGCCUUGUUUACAAGAAGGGCAGAAGGUGUAUGGUGAGGUCAGCCCCCGCCACAUACCAGCCUUCAUCUGCCUUCCUCUGUACUCCCUCAAGGAACGAGCUGCACAGGUUGUCAGUUCACAACUAUCAAACCCCAAAGAAGCAGACGACCUCGACAUUGCCAAAACUCUCAAGGAAACCGUCACUAAGUGGCUCGUUCGAGAACAUCAUCUGUGUUAAUUCAGCUCAAGAAUCUUAAAGACGCUCUUGUAGAAUUUGG